UUUCUCUUUGUCUGUGAAAUUGAGAAAACUACAUCACAAUGGUUGGGUUGAAGAGGAAGAUUGAUAUAAAGAAGAUAAGGGAGAAAGAUCCACGAGGGGUUACUUUCUCAAAACGUCGUACGGGUCUUUACAGCAAAGCCUCGGAGCUUUGUCUUCUCUCCGACACACAGAUGGCGAUCUUAACGACUCCGGUUUCUUCAAAUUCACACGCCUCUUUCUACAGUUUUGGUCACUCCUCUGUCGAUAGUGUUGUCGCAGCUUUCCUCACGGAUCAGACUCCUCCUCGGGAUGAGGAUGAUGAUGAUGAAAAGUUAGGGUUUUGGUGGGAAGACGAGAGUCUUGUCGAUACAGAGGACCAGGAGGAGUUGGGAGAGGUGAUUGAUUCAAUGAAGAAGAUGUUAAACGAUCUGAAGGAGUUGGAAAAUAAGCGAAGAGAUCGUGAGGACGUGGAGAAGGAGAAGGGUGUCUCACACGUAACUUGUCAAGAGCAAACCCUAAUUCAUCAACCGUGUUCUUCAAGUCUAUGCUUUGAUCAAGAUGAUGUAACUGUGAAUCAAGAGUUUAGUCUUGAUGAAAUCUUCGAUUUAGUGACGAGUUCUGAAGUUGCAGAGAUGAAUCUGGGGAUGUCUUAUAACAACAAAAACAACAAUGCUUUACUUGGAUUUUAAAUACUGUUUUGUUGUAUGUUUGAAAUUUCUUUUAUCAAAUUUUUUUGACUUAUUGUAUCUGUGUGUUGUCUUUGUA